CAGGAAAGCUUCACCCGAAGAUGCAUGGUGGCUUCAAGGAAGUGGUACAUGUCAUAUGACCAAAACAAAAAUAGACAUUCUUCCGGGGAUGAUAACUUGAGCGGUUUCAAAGCCCUAUUACAAGGGAGGUGAGAAGAGACCGUGUGGAGAGUGUGUUGGGGGGAUGGAGGAGUUUCCAUUGAGGACGGUGGAGGGGCUGUGUCUAGGCACCAGCUUGGCCAUAUCAGGCCUCUUCUUCUACAUCUACAGGAAAAAGAGGAAAUCGGUGGACAAGCUCAAUGAGGCACCCCACAUUAAUUUGGAUGGGAAACUGGCAAACCUUUUGAAUGUGACACCGGGAAAGUGUCUGCAGUAUGUUGUCAUCGAAGGAGCAGUGCAGCCUGUGGGGGAGCCUCUAAGGAGUCAGUACCAGGAAGGCAGCGUAGGGGUAGUGCAGAAACUCAUGCUGAGGGAACACAAGCUGGUGUGGAACAGCCUGGCCCACACCUGGAUGGACAGUGAGUGCGUGCUGCACCAGAGGGUGAAUACUGUGCCCUUCAGCCUGGUGGGGUCGGACCAGGCCUAUGUGAGGGUGCUGUGUCCCCUGGAGGCCUCAGAGCUGAAGAUGGAGAUCAUCCAUGAGAAGUUCCACCAGGCCACCUACGGUUUCACCGACAUCGUCGGACAGUACCUCAGUGGAGAGAAGCCCAAAGGCCAGCUGGAGACUGAGGAAAUGCUCAAGGUUGGCGCUACUCUUACAGGUGUAGGCGAGCUCAUCCUGGACACGGACCGGGUGUUGAAACUCCGCCCGCCCACCGACGGCUCAGAGUACUUCCUAAGCACAGCAGACUUUGAGACCCUGUGGCUGGAGCAGGAAGACCAGGCGGUGGUCUGGCGGGUCCUGGCCUCUGUGUUCGCGCUGGCCGGGGCCGCCGUCCUCCUCUGGGUGGGCUGCCGCUACUACCGCAGCCUGAGGGUCUGCUGGGAACAGGAACGUCUGAAGAGGGAGUUUGAGAGACUGGGCGCCGGGGGGUCUGGGGCUCCACAACAGGGGUCUAGGGAGGAGGACACGCCCCUGGAGAAUGACUGUGUGAUCUGCCUGACCCAGCUCCGUAGCUGUGUGCUACUGGACUGUGGGCACGUGUGCUGCUGCUACAGCUGCUACCAGGCCCUGCCUCAGCCCAUCUGCCCCAUAUGCCGGCAGGCCAUCAACAGAGUGGUGCCCCUCUACCAGGCAUGAAGCCCAGUAAGGGAGAACAAAUCAAAAUCAAAUGUUAUUUGUCUCAUACACAUGUUUAGCAGAUGUUAUUGCGGAUAUAGCGAAAUGCUUGUGUUCGUAGCUCCAACAGUGCAGCAAUAUCUAACAAUUCACAACAAUACA